UUGGCAUGUAUAGGCAUAGAUAGGAUGACAAUAAUGCAGUCAUCAAUCAUCAGUGCCCAACCAUCGACAUAGGUAGGUAGUGCAAUUCACUCGAAACCAGCCCUAAAUUAUCUGAAUAGGAACAUGCUAGGAUAUGAUUCAGUACAUGGAAACUUUUUUUGGACUAAAAAAUUGGUUUAACAAAUUUUUUAUAGACUCAUGUUUUGAAAACGUAUUGUUUUUCGGAAAUAUAUUUUAAAAAUUUUAAUUAUUUUUUAUUUUAAAAUAUAAUUAUAUAAACAUAAAAAAAAAAAUUUGAAAAUGAAGUGUUAAAGAAUAAUGCCAAUUCCCAGUCUGAUUUUUAUUUUAAAAAUAUUAAAAAUUUGUUUUUGAAAUUGUUUCAAACAUGUCCUACAAAAUUUGACAGUGACAGAAGCCGAGGGGUAAGUUUGUGCACGCAAGCAUGGGAUGAAAGAGGGAAAUGGGCAAAGCCGAGGGUGUCGGCGGGGCUUGCCAUUUGUCCGUGAGGGAAGGUGAGAAAUUCAGUUCCAAUCGACCUGUCGUUUAUCAUUAUUAUCGCAACAGAAGAAGCGGUAUUUUCCCGAGAAAGCAGCUUUCAAGUCUUUACUACUUCGUGUAACACCUUCUGUAAUAAUCAAAAUGAAACUUACUCUGCUCCCCUUAUGCUUUGGUUUACUCACCUUUCAUGCAUUAAUUCAUAAUUAAUGAAAACGCUUUGUUGUAACAACGUGGAUGGAAAAAGAUGCUGAAAUGGAUUCCUUUCUCUCUCCCUCUCUCUGUCGUUCCAUUGAAUGAGAUGAAGCUCCGACUGUAGUUGCAUUAUACCAUUGGCAUUUGGUUCUCCCAAUUUUUGAUUGAUAGUGGCAGAGAGUGAGGAUGGACGGGGCAGAUGAGAGUGGGAGGCGGCCAGGACUGAGGCUAUUGUGGGUUUCUGGCUUGAUGGGGUUUCUUCUCUGCAACUGGGUUGAUGGGUUUGAGAAUUUGAAUGUGACUAAACAUCAGUUUAUGGACGGCUAUGGCUUUUCCACCCCUCCAUUGAUGGUGGGUCUUUCUCUUAUUGCCGGAGCUGCUUCCACUGGAGCAGUAUGCCUGGAUGGAACAUUACCUGGUUACCACCUCCACCGGGGAUAUGGGUCAGGGGCAAAUAGUUGGCUCAUUCAUUUGGAGGGUGGAGGAUGGUGCAAUACAAUUAGAACUUGUGUUUUCCGGAAAAAAACUCCUCAUGGUUCAUCAACACAUAUGGAAAAGCUGAUACCAUUUACAGGAAUAUUGAGUAACAGAGCUGAAGAAAAUCCCGAUUUUUAUAACUGGAAUAGAGUCAAGCUUCGAUACUGUGAUGGUGCUUCUUUCAGUGGAGACAGUCAAAAUGAGGCCAAGACAUUGUAUUUCCGGGGACAACGCAUCUGGUUAGCUGCUAUGAAAGAUCUGAUGUCAAAGGGAAUGCACUAUGCUAAUCAGGCUCUUCUUUCUGGAUGCUCAGCUGGGGGCUUAGCAGCUAUACUGCACUGUGAUGAGUUCAGGGAAUUAUUUCCAAGAACUACUAGAGUCAAGUGUCUCAGUGAUGCAGGGUUAUUUCUUGAUGUGAUUGAUGUAUCUGGUGGGCGUACUUUAAGGCAUAUGUUUGGAGGCGUGGUCAGAUUACAGCAAGUGGGGAAAAUGCUGCCACAGGCUUGUACCAGCCACCUCAAUCCAACCUUGUGCUUUUUCCCUCAGAACUUAAUUCCCCUGACUAAGACCCCGCUUUUUCUUCUCAAUGCAGCUUAUGAUUCAUGGCAGAUCCUGGCCAGUUUAGCUCCGCACUCAGCUGAUCCCCGUGGCUACUGGCAGAAGUGCAGAUUAAAUUAUGCAUAUUGCUCUUCAUCACAAAUUCAAGUUCUCCAAGAUUUCAGAAAACAAAUGCUAAAUGCUGUAAGUGGCUUCUCAGGGUCCAAAAGAAAUGGGCUAUUCAUAAACUCAUGUUUUGCUCAUUGUCAGACAGAGAGACAGGACACUUGGUUUGCUCAUAAUUCUCCUCGUAUCGGAAACAAGGGCAUCGCCCAAUCUGUGGGGGACUGGUAUUUUGAUCGAGCUGAAGUCAAGAGUAUUGAUUGUCCUUAUCCUUGUGACAAGACCUGCCACAAUCUGGUCUUCCGCCAAAGUUUUUAGGAAAAUGAAGCAAAUCAGCCCCUGUUGCUACUCCCAUUUUUAGGUUUCUUCUGAGAUGUCAAGCUUCAUCCAAGUAACCAACAAACUAGUUAGAGUAACAUGUAAUAUGUUAUUUGAUCUUCGAUAAGAUUGACAACAUUUGUGUUUCCAUUUGACAAGCAAUUGGAGGAAUCUAGUGAAGGAAUUUUAUAAAA